GCGGGGCCGGAGGCAGCGCUGACCCCUCCCAGGGGCAGAAGCCGCUCGGUGCCGCCCAGUGCAGCUCGGGGACCUUUCCCGGCAUCUCCAGUCCCGGCUGCUCGCAGCUCCCCGCAGCUCCGGCUCGCAGCCCGUUCCGCGCCGCCUCUCCCAGCCCUGCUCUCCCCGUCCCGGCCCGCGAGCCCGGCGCGUCGACAUGGUGGCCACCUGCCUGCACCUGGCCGGGUUUGUCUGCAGCUUCAUCGGGUGGAUCGGGGUGGUGGUGGCCACCGCCACCAACGACUGGGUGGUGACCUGCGGCUACACCAUCACCACCUGCCGCAAAAUGGACGAGCUGGGCUCCAAGGGGCUGUGGGCGGACUGCGUCAUGGCGACGGGCCUCUACCACUGCAAGCCGCUGGUGGACAUCCUCAUCCUGCCAGGCUACGUCCAGGCGUGCCGAGCGCUGAUGAUCGCCGCCUCCGUGCUGGGCCUCCCCGCCAUCUUCCUGCUCAUCACUGUGCUGCCCUGCAUCCGGAUGGGCCACGAGCCCGGCGCCGCCAAGUACCGCCGCUCCCAGCUGGGGGGGAUCCUCAUCAUCCUCCUGGCCAUGUGCGGCGUGGUGGCCACCAUCUGGUUCCCCGUCUGCGCCCACCGUGAAACCACCAUCAUGAGCUUUGGAUACUCCCUGUACACGGGCUGGAUCGGCUCUGCCCUCUGCCUCUUUGGUGGCUGCGUCAUCGUCUGCUGCUCGGGGGAUGCUCAGACCUUCGGCGAGAACCGCUUCUACUACGCCUCGGGCUCCAGCUCCCCCACCCACGCUAAGAGUGCCCACGUCUGAGCUCCCACACCCACUGGGUCUGCACACCAUGGGUUCACUUCUCCCGGCGCUCGCUGCUGUUGUGCUCCCCGGGAAGGUUUUAAAACAGCAGCCCAAGCGCCCGGCAGUCCCAAGUGUUGUUGUCCCCCCUGUUGUCCCCUUCUCUAGAAAACAAGCCCCAGCCCCCACUCCCACCUGGUUCACCCUCCCCAUCCUCCUGCCCCAGGGGUGGUGUGUGGGCCUCAGGUUGGUUUGGGGUUUUUUAUUUUACUGCUCACCAAGAGAGCUUAAAGCAGCAAAGCAGACGUGAGAGGCACUUCCCCGCUGCUGAGGACUCCAGCACGUCCCCAUUUGCUUUCCUGUCCCCAAGGUCACCGCUCUGGCACAGUCUGGGAGCAAGGGCUGAGGGAGGUGCACCCUCCCAACAGGCAAAUGUUUCUCUUUUGGAACAGUAGGGGAUUUUUUCUGCCUUUCUCUGUAAAUACUUUUGUAUGGAUUUGAUCGUUUUAGUAACACUGUUUCUCCCACUCCCCCGGUCAUCAGUAUGAAGGAAACAGAACCCAAAGGUCCUAACGCUGCGAUACGUAACAGUGUCUGUAUAUAGUUCCAAUGACUCUGGGGGCUCUAAUCCCCACACUCUUUUUUAGUGUUUUUUUUUUUUUUUUUUUUCUUUGUACAGAUCAGUUACUAAAAAUGUGUUUUUACAUUUACAUUUGCUUUCACCCCAUGAAUCUGUGUUCACCGUUCUGUAGCACGUUUUUAACACACAGUUACACUGUCACAAUGCAAUUCUGGUGAAUACUGAUGAUGCCUUUGUACUUCAACUGAAAUACUGUACAAUAAAUAACAGAGUAUCUGCGGC